AUGCCCAAAUUGGAAGAAUUGUAUCUUUCGGAGAAUCAUUUGAAUGGUACUAUUCCACCUUCUAUUUGCAACAUGCAAGACCUGACAAUCCUUUUCCUGAAGAGCAAUCAUUUUUCUGGAGAAUUCCCUCUCGCAUGGAGUUCGGGGAGCCAUAUACGGAUUGUAGAUGCUGCCUACAACAAUCUCUUUGGUAAUAUUCCCGCUACAAUGGGAGUAUUAAGUUUUCUUGAAAUAUUGAAGCUCAACAACAACAAUUUUGGUGGUAAGAUUCCCCAUUCUUUGCACAAUUGCUCUUUUUUGAAAAGUAUUGAUCUUGGAAGCAACAAAUUAUCUAGGAGCAUACCUCCACGGAUAGGAGGAUCAAAUGUAUCUGUGCUUUACGGGACAUCCGAAUAUGUCAAUGAGGAGCCAACCAUGCUAACAUUAAAAGGACAAGAACUCGUGUAUAACACCACUUUGAUGUUGGUAAAGAGCAUUGAUCUUUCAUCAAAUUUUUUGGAAGGUGAAAUCCCCCAAGAGAUAUGUAGCCUCACUUUAUUGGGUACCUUGAACUUGUCAAGGAAUCAGUUGACUAGUAACAUCCCCUCAAUUGUUGGAAGUAUGCAUAUGCUCGAAACUCUUGAUCUCUCACACAACCAUCUUUCAGGACAUAUUCCUCAAAGCCUUGCUUCCUUAACAUUUUUGUCCCACUUGAAUUUGUCUUAUAACAACUUGGUGGGAAGAAUUCCUUUGGGCAGCCAACUUCAAACACUCAGUGAUUCCUCCAUUUAUAUGGACAAUCCAUCACUGUGUGGGGUUCCUCUUCCAAAGUGUCUGGGUGAUGACACUUUCAUUGCUACAAAUGCAAAACAUAGUAAUGAAGAUGGAAAUGAUAAUGGAGCAUUGUGGUUCUAUGUCAGCAUGAUCCUUGGCUUUAUUGUUGGCUUUUGGGGUGUUUGUGGCACAUUACUCUUGAAGAAAUCAUGGAGGUAUGCUUAUUUUCGAUUUUUUGACGACACCAAAGAUAAGGUAACACUAGCAAUUGCGUUGAAAGUGGCUCGUUUGCAAAGAAAGUUUCAUCAUGUUUAG